CAACAACAAUCUUAAAGAGGAAUAUUAAUGAAACCUCCACGAUGCACUAAAUAAAAACCGGGCAGCUUUUCUAUAUUACUUCGGGGCUGUAAUAUGUAAGCUUCUAACUUAGCUGUCUGGUCUCUUCUCGCAACACACGGACAUAUUAGACACACUUCUCUUUGCCAAACCAGAAACCUCCCCUUUAGGAAAAAGGAAAAACAAAAAAAACACAGAAAUAAGGAAAGAGUUAGAACUUAUAAAAAAAACCCUAGCUAGCCAGGUACACUCUUGCUGCAAGUAUUACGAGAUUAAGAAAGAAGAGAAAGUGAGAGAGAUGGGAUCUGGUGCUGGAAGCUUUCUCAAGAUUCUCCUUAAGAACUUUGAUGUCCUUGCUGGGCCUGUGGUUAGUCUUGUUUAUCCUCUAUAUGCCUCAAUUAGGGCGAUUGAGACCAAGUCUCCCAUUGAUGACCAGCAAUGGCUUACUUAUUGGGUCCUUUAUUCUAUGAUUACAUUAUUCGAGCUCACCUUUGCCAAAGUCAUAGAAUGGAUACCAAUCUGGUCAUACGCAAAGCUCAUUGUGACCUGCUGGUUGGUCAUCCCAUACUUCAGUGGUGCUGCAUAUGUUUAUGAGCACUUUGUGAGGCCUCUCUUUGUUAACCCACAGCAAACCAUUAACGUCUGGUACGUCCCAAGGAAGAAGGAUAUCUUCAGUAAGAAAGAUGACAUUCUAACUGCUGCAGAAAGAUACAUUGAGGAGAAUGGGACUGAAGCAUUUGAGAAGCUCAUUCAUAGGGCUGAUAAGUCCAGGAGUAGCGGUUAUGCAAACACCAUCUUCGAUGAAGGAUUAUAGAUACUAAAGCUUGUAAAACUCAGUUUGCUCUUCUAAGAAGUUUCUAGUGGUCGCUUGAACCUGUAGUUUCUCUCUUUUUGUCUGAUAUGUGUUUGCAGUCUGAAGAAUUUUGGGUGCUAAUGUUAUAGUAUGUGAUUAUCAUGUCA